AUGAAUCCCUACAGUCGUAAACCUUCGCUCCCCACCCCGGACAGCCGAACCGCAAGCUCGGUGUCGGCUGGUGGUCGCGCGCGAUCCCUCACGGCGCCGUCAUCCAAGUUCGCGCUCGGGGAUGAUUGCCUCCCGUCGAUUUCGGACUUUCGAGCGAGCCAGAUCUUCGUAAGUCUGAGUAUAAAUCAGGCGUUUCGAUCUCUAUGUGAGCAACGACGAGGCGAGCGGCAGGCAAAGGCUCCUGCCUCGUUCGAACUCGUGAUUUGGCGAGCGCACGUGACUUGAGCUUAGCUCCGCUUCGGCUUCAGACGACGACAGCCUGCCGGGGUCCCAAUCGUCGGCUACCCGUCAUCCCAGGCUUUAUAACCUGAAAAUCGCAGUCUGUUCUAUCACGCAUCUGACACAUUCUGAAUUCUGAUCCCAUUCAUUUUCUCCCCUAUUCUUACCUUCUAUUCGAGCAGCCCGGUUUUUCUUCAACGUUUCCGUUCAAGGUUUCGGUCGAUGCCGACGUCGAAGGCUCGGAACCAGCGCGUCCCACUACAUCGAUUGGCCCAAAAGGCACCUUUCAGCAUCGACUCGGGUGAGUAGCCUGAAUGUUCAGAGUAGAAGUGCUUCCCAUGGCUUGAGGAGGCUCGGGUGGCUAUGGAAGGCAGCGUUCGACGACGCGAGCUGAUCCGCUGGCUUGACCCGCGCUAUUGCGCAGUACCCGACAUCCCAAUGGUCACUUGAGAUCCUGCUCCGACUCGCCGGCGACUUCGCCAGACUUUCGAAGAAGUCAAGAACGAGGCUCACGUUCUACAUGGCGAGGGCCGGCAUCCCCGGAUGACUCGGGUCGCACACAGAAUCCUUCGGCUCGCACUCCCACCGUGAUGGAUCGAGCACGUUACGAAACAGCCCAGAAUUAUACACCGGCCCCAGCCUCGAUACAGACAUCGUCGUUCAGAUCUAGAACGUUCGCGCAUGACAGAACUGGAGACUGCAUCAACCAGAUUGCUCAGCACGAUACAGCAGAGCCCACCUCGGGGUCGUUUGGGCAGGAACCCACGGAUGCCAGCGCCUUACCGCCCUCGACGGUUCCCAAUUUCCUGGGCGACACCAGCUUCGAGGCCGCUUUCGCCGACACCUCUUGGUCGUUUGACAUGGGCGCCUUGGAUAUCGGAACCUUCUUGGCAGUUCCUAUUGCACUUGAGAAGGACGGGGAUCCACAAAAUGGCGAAGAAGAGUCGGUGUCCGUGGGGUCGAGCUACCACGAGAAAGCCGGUGUGCGGGCCAGCAAGCUCGCUGCUGGACAGGGCCUCGAUCUGGACGCCCCUUCAUCUAAGCACGGGAACCUCGAUCUGGACCGGCCUUCAUCUAAGCACGGGAAAUGGUCCCGUCCUGAUUCGCAGUCCGUAGCUCCGAUCCUUGACAUCAGCGCUUAUCGACGUGCGGGGCUCGACGAGCCUGUUCCGAGCAGUGUGCAAGAGAUGGAGCAUCUCGCUGUCUCCCUACGCCCGACCAGCCAGCAUCAUCCGGACGAGACGCUCAGCAUCACCACCAACUCAACCUCGACGAUGGCGAGCACUAUCGCCGGCGCGGCUUUUGAUCAAAUUGAUGUAACCAUUGACGACAUUAUCCUGAUUCAAAACUCGCUCGUUCGCGCAGCAAGCCUACGACUGCGAACCGAAGCGGUCGACCCCGACCUUUUCCCCGCGAGCGGAGCGUUGGACGCGGCUGCAAAUGAAUUCGUGUACAGCGCAAGCUCCGAGGGUCCUUUCAACCCGGCCUGGGAUGAGCUCUCUCGACCCGCACCGGCUCACCACGACAUGCUCGAUGUUGUGGCUGAGGCGGUACCCCAUUCACUGAAUGCAACCGAAUCAGCGUUGCAAACUCAGCCCCAACUGGGGAUUGUGGUACCGCCCACCGCGUCCCGGAGCAUCUUCGUCGAGCAUGAAAUCAGCUCGAAACCUUGUGAGUCGAAUAGGCUUACCCGUCGGAAAUUCGAUUUACUGAUACCGCGUCGAAACCCCGUCGCUCGCAGCCAACCAACCGAAAGAGCAGCCCAGUGGCGCGAUCGUGCGUUCGCCAGAGUCCAAGCAUCGGAAUCUUUCGGUCGCUGUUCCCCCGCGUAUCCUCAAGUACCAAAUCGACCAUGAAGGCGAUGAUCCAAACUCUGACGAUGACGAACCGCUCGCUCACCGGGUCAACCCGCAGGGUGCCAGGGCAACUGGCGGGGCGGAUGGCGAGGUGACGGGCGUGAUUGCAUCGGGGCCGAAUGUUGGAGUUAAAUCGUCGAGAGAUUCCCUCCUCAUCCGAGACGUCCGAGACCGGGCAACACUUGCCACGUUGGCGCUCAAACAAGGCCAGGGCCGACAGGGAUACAAGUCCGUUCGCAAGACGUACAUCUCGGGCCCGACGCUUAUGCCCGACCCAAUCAGUAUGACGGUCGUCCCGAUUCGAAACCCCGACGCUGCUCUCACUCAGUCGUCUGGAUCAGCGAAACAAUCUUACCAGCCGUUGCGCAGCUCGUCGCAGCCCCUCAAGAUCAAGGAGCUUGGCACGCGAUUCAAGUCGAUUCUGAAAAAGAGAUCGCGCGAUUGUGUCGCAUUGCUCAACGGGGAUGAGGUCACACCAUUCCAAGAGCAUGAGCAAGAUAGUCACGAUGCCGUGGACUAUCGUACCAACGACGACGAUGACACGACAGUGACCCUGGUUGAGGCCGAGGCUCUCGCCAACGGGCACAGCCAGCGCGGUACCCAACCCCGUGGAUCUUUCUACGCGCUCAAACCGGCAUCCCGAAGCAGCCGUUCUCUUGUCAAUCUGGUCGGCAAGCUUCGGAGUCGAUCAAGGUCGGAAGGGUUCGUGCGAUCCUUCGAAGGUCCGACACACCUUGCGACGAUCCCUGGAUCACCCUACUGCGCAGUCGAACCUGUUGAGCCUGGGACACCGCAAGGACACAAGGCCGCGGAGCCAGAGCCACACGGACGAGCUCCAACCUCGUACGACAUCAACUCGCGCCGCCCUCAACGAUACUACCGGUCUGAGCCCCACGCGUCUGCGACAAUGCCAGUUCCGGCAGAUGACGAGCCGUCCCACGCCAGGUCCUUGAGCGGAGUCUCCUCUUCCUACGGCGAAGACAGUUCUAUUUCGAGCCACCAGGGUGAAGCACCCUCGUAUACCCAUCUGCACGACGACACCGAUGCUCUUUACGGUGCCGCUGCUGAAGCUCCAGCGCCAGCCAGAGGGGAGUCGAAGAGGGUCGCCUCCAUAGCUGAUGGAGCUUCUCCUCUGGGCGACUGGGCCGAUGCGGACUACAUGCUCGGCAUUCUCGAAAAUGACGCUGGCGGGUCGCCGAUGACAUCCCGCCGUGACGCUUCAUCGGAACAUCCCGAUUCGAUAGUUACUUCUUCUCGGGCACGCUCAUCCAACUCUAGCCAUGUUGACAUCAAAUCAAGGGACUCGGCCACCCCCGAGGCCAGUGCGCACUCCACGAGAAGCUGCACCAGCACGGUGGCUGCCGAGGAUCUCCCGUGCUUCACCGUAUCCGAGGAGCUCGAUACGGAUGACUCGUCCUCAGCAGCGGCGGUCGCAGGCGGACACCUCAACAAACCUCCUCGAUCGCCCAUGAGCCUCGCUGCACCCCUGACGAGUGUUGACUAUCGGAACUCGGGCUACGCCGAGUCUUUCUAUGAUCUGUACGCGCAGCGAAGUGCCGAUCGCGCUACAUUCACUGCGGACAUCCAUGGCGAUCCCAUCGUAGGCAAAGACGGACAGCAGAGUAACAGUGACGACGACUCUUCGGAUCCGACCGGUUCUUUGCCAGACCGUACCUCACCCGCGGUCAAGAAUCACCGCAACUUGACGUUCUGGAAAAUGGUCGGCGACCUGCGUCACUCGCGCCAAUCGAUCGACUCGAGCGAUCAUGACCAGUUCAACUUUGACUCGAGGCCUCCUUCGAUGAUUGGGUCGGAUAUGGCCGAGUCCAUCAUGGACGCUGAUCUCGAGAAUGCGCGAAUGGCUUUCGACGAGGCCGCGUGA